AUGGCUUACAAUAGCAAGAACAAGAACAACAUUGUCGUUGUCUUCGACUUCGACAAGACCAUCAUCGACGUUGAUAGCGAUAAUUGGGUAAUCGAUGAACUUGGCUUCACUGAUUUGUUCAAUCAACUUCUUCCCACCAUGCCUUGGAACACACUCAUGGAUCGUAUGAUGAAAGAGCUUCAUGAUAAAGGCAAAACAAUGGAGGAGAUCAAACAAGUCCUAAGAACAAUCCCGAUCCAUCCACGGGUCGUCCCUGCCAUCAAAUCUGCACAUGAUUUAGGGUGUGAGCUUAGGAUAGUGAGCGACGCGAACAUGUUCUUCAUCGAGACCAUCGUUGAGCAUCUAGGGAUCAGUGAAUACUUCUCUGAGACCAACUCAAACCCUGGAUUUGUCGAUGAACAUGACACGUUGAGAAUCUCUCCUUACCACGACUUCACUAAAUCCUCUCAUGGUUGCUCUCAUUGCACUUGCCCUCCUAACAUGUGCAAGGGUUUGAUCAUUGAGAGAAUUCAAGAAUCUCUAGCUAAAGAAGGGAAGAAGAAGAUGAUCUAUUUAGGAGAUGGAGCUGGUGAUUACUGCCCGAGUUUAAAACUAAAAGCUGAAGAUUACGUGAUGCCACGUAAGAAUUUCCCGGUUUGGGAUCUGAUUAGUCAAAAUCCUAUGGUGGUUAAAGCAGCGAUUAGAGAAUGGACCGAUGGUGAAAGCUUGGAGAGGAUAUUAAUGGGAAUAAUCGAGGAGAUUAGAUUGGAUGGAGAGAAGGAGAAGAUGUUGGCUAGUGUGGAGAGUAAUUGCAAGAUGCAGACGAUCUCUGUCGGGAUUAGUGCUCAUCAUGAACCAAUAUUGCCUCGUGCUCUUCGAGUUUCUCAGUCUAGUUAG